AUGAUUGUGAUUGUGAAAAUUGCAGUUGACUACGGUCACGAUGAUUAUGAUUACGAUUAUGAUGAUUAUGACUAUGAGGAUCACGAUCAGGAUGAUUAUGAUUAUGACCAUGAUCACGAUUACGACUAUGACGAUUAUGAUGAUCAUGAUUAUGAUCAUUACGAUUAUGAUGAUCAUGAUCACGAUGAUCAUAAACAUGAUGACGGUGAUGAUCACGAUUACGAUCAUGAUGAUCAUGACCACGAUCAUGAUGACUAUAACUAUGAUUACGAAAACGGUAAUUAUGAUUACGGUUAUGACCACGACUACGGCUAUGAUUACGAUGAUUAUGAUUACGAUUAUGAUGAUUAUGACGGUGAUCAUGAUGACUGUGAUGAUUAUGAUCAUGAUGAUGAUGAAGAUAGCGAUCAUUAUGAUAAUGAUGGCUGA